AUGUCUGACGCAGCACAAGUUGCAGGCAAGAGAAAGCGUGCGAGGACCCAAUCGUGCCCUCCGCCGGAGCUGCCUAAUCUCGUCGCAGAGCAGCAUGUCGCUAUCCCCACACAUGACAAUGACACUCAGCGCUUGAUUGUAAUUCUCUCCAAUGCUAGUCUAGAGACUUAUCGGGCUUCUAGUGGCAAGCCUGGCGCAAAGGAUGAGAAGUACUCGUUGCUGAACAGUGAUGAGCACAUCGGUAUCAUGCGAAAAAUGAACCGUGAUAUCAGCGAAGCUCGUCCAGAUAUUACUCACCAGUGUCUUCUCACCCUUCUGGAUUCUCCUGUUAACAAGGCUGGUCGGCUACAAAUUUUUAUUCACACUGCUAAGGGUGUGCUUAUCGAGGUCAACCCCUCAGUCCGCAUUCCUCGAACCUUUAAGCGAUUCGCCGGUCUGAUGGUGCAACUCCUCCACCGUCUUUCAAUUCGCUCGACCAACUCGCAGGAGAAGCUGUUGAAGGUCAUCAAGAACCCUAUCACCGACCAUCUGCCCCCCAAUUGCCGCAAGGUGACUCUUAGUUUCGAGGCACCGGUUGUUCGCACUAAGGACUACAUUGAGUCUCUGAAACCCAAGGAAAGCGUGGCCAUCUUUGUCGGUGCCAUGGCCAAGGGUACUGAUGACUUUGCCGAUUCGUUCAAAGAUGAUGCUAUCAGUAUCAGCAACUACAGUCUUAGUGCCAGUGUCGCCUGUAGCAAGUUCUGCCACGCUGCCGAGGAGGUGUGGGAUAUUCUUUGA